CGGCGACAUCCCAUCAUACAGCAGUGGAGAGAUAGCAACAUGUGAUCUGCAAACAGGUCUAACCUGCAACAAUCAAGACAACUCACCCAUGCCCUGCUCAGACUACCGGAUCCGAUAUUUCUGUCAAUGCGCGGAUGUAACAACUCCUGGGUCCUACAUCUCACCGACCUUCCAAACCCCAGGAUACAAUCAGCCAAUCGUCGUCAGGUGCAACUGGUCCCCUUGGCUAAACGCCGACAAGCCAUCGUCCAGUCCCUCCGACCUGGGCGACCUCGAGAAAAUCGAGCUUCUGAAGCAGACGUACGGUCUGUGCCCCACCAUCACCAACGUAGCGUGCCGCGUAGCCAGCACCGGCGCACCAAUAGAGCUGUCGGUCAGAACGCCACCUGCGACCCUCUCAACGGCCUCCGAUGCUACAACAGCGAGCAGACGACAAAGAUGUGCCAUGACUACGAGAUUAGGGUCCUGUGUUGGUCAGCGGAAUGUACAGGUUCAAAGCCGACGCUUAUACCACAUCAGACGGAUAUACCUAGCCUACCUGACCACAAACCACCAGAAAACCAGACGUGCACCGACGGUGAAGGGUGGGACAACUGCGCAUACCUGUGUGACGAGCUGUGUGACUACACGGCCCGAUCUUCAUUUGGCUGUGACGACUCCGUUUCCAGGACGUGUGUGCCAGGGUGCAAGUCACUCGAAUCACUUCUUUGCCAACCGGGCGAAAAACGGCUGAACAGCACCACGUGUGUGCCACAGGAAAUGUGCCCGUGCCUAAAGCCUGAUGGUACCAGAGCCAUGCCUUUCGAAACAUGGAAGAACCCUGCAGACUCCUGCUCUGACUGCAGCUGCCACUCCAACGCCGCGCUGUGCACAGUGCACGAUCUCACGUGCACGGGGGUCACGCCCUCUGCGACGCCGACGGCACAGCCUGGGGUCAGCCCCAACGUGCAGCCAGCGUGUGGCUGGAGCGCCUGGAUGAACGUGGACAAGCCCAGCACAGGUGGCGGCGAUGUGGAGAGCCUGACCUUACUGCGGUCUGUGUACAGUAUCUGUGACAAGCCACUGAUGGCGCAGUGCCGUGAUGCGGCCACUCAGCACCCGGCCCCCGCCUCUGUCGUCUGCGAUGUGCAGGAGGGACUGAUAUGCACUAACGCCGACCAUGCCGGCCUUUGUUCCGAUUAUGAAAUCCGUGUUUACUGCCCUUGCCCAGUCUCCACAACCCCGCCAACUGCUACUAGUCAAGGUGUGUCUUUCAACUGCGUCAGCGGCUGGUCCGCCUGGUUCAACAACGACAGUCCCGACACGGGCGACGGUGACGUGGAGAAGAUGACGUCACAACAACUGAGCCAGUUCUGUGCAGGAGGUCGCGUGUCGCAGGUGGACUGCAGAACUACAGAAGGCAUCGAGUACUUCAGUAGCGGCGAGAUCGUGACGUGUACCGUAGACACCGGCCUGGUGUGUAACAACGCCGACAAUGACCCCAUCCCGUGCAGCGACUACGAGAUCCGAUACGAGUGUUCUUGUCCAGAACCAACGAGACAAACAGGUGGAGUGCCAUCUGCAGUACCGACUAACCAGGCCCAUAGUCAGCCAACACCUGCAACAACAGUCACAACAGUUAAACCUGUAGGCAACUGCGUCAGCGGCUGGUCCGCCUGGUUCAACAACGACAGUCCCAACACGGGCGACGGUGACGUGGAGAAGAUGACGUCACAACAACUGAGCCAGUUCUGUGCUGGAGGUCGCGUGUCGCAGGUAGACUGUAGAACUACAGGAGGCAUCGAGUACUUCAGUAGCGGCGAGAUCGUGACGUGUACCGUGGACACCGGCCUGGUGUGUAACAACGCCGACAAUGACCCCAUCCCGUGCAGCGACUACGAGAUCCGAUACGAGUGUUCAUGUCCAGAACCGACGAGUCACACAGGUGGUGUGCCGUCUGCAGCACCGACUAGCCAGGCCCAUAGUCAGCCAACACCUGCAUCAACAGUCACAACAGUUAAACCUGUAGGCAACUGCCUCAGCGGCUGGUCCGCCUGGUUCAACAACGACAGACCCGACACGGGCGACGGUGACGUGGAGAAGAUGACGUCACAACAGCUGAACCAGUUCUGUGCUGGAGGUCGCGUGUCGCAGGUAGACUGCAGAACUACAGAAGGCAUCGAGUACUUCAGCAGCGGCGAGAUCGUGACGUGUACCGUGGACACCGGCCUGGUGUGUAACAACGCCGACAAUGACCCCAUCCCGUGCAGCGACUACGAGAUCCGAUACGAGUGUUCUUGUCCAGAACCAACGAGACAAACAAGUGGUGUGCCAUCUGCAGUACCGACUAGCCAGGCCCAUAGUCAGCCAACACCUGCAGCAACAGCCACAACAGUUAAACCUAUAGGCAACUGCGUCAGCGGCUGGUCCGCCUGGUUCAACAACGACAGUCCCGACACGGGCGACGGUGACGUGGAGAAGAUGACGUCACAACAGCUGAACCAGUUCUGUGCUGGAGGUCGCGUGUCGCAGGUAGACUGCAGAACUACAGGAGGCAUCGAGUACUUCAGCAGCGGCGAGAUCGUGACGUGUACCGUGACACCGGCCUGGUGUGUAACAACGCCGACAACGACCCCAUCCCAACCUACGAGUCAAACAGGUGGUGUGCCGUCUGCAGUACCGACUAACCAGUCCCAUAGUCAACCAACACCUGCAGCAACAGUCACAACAGCUAAACCUGUAGGCAACUGCGUCAGCGGCUGGUCCGCCUGGUUCAACAACGACAGUCCCAACACGGGCGACGGUGACGUGGAGAAGAUGACGUCACAGCAGCUGAACCAGUUCUGCGCUGGAGGUCGCGUGUCGCAGGUAGACUGCAGAACUACAGAAGGCAUCGAGUACUUCAGCAGCGGCGAGAUCGUCACGUGUACCGUGGACACCGGCCUGGUGUGUAACAACGCCGACAACGACCCCAUCCCGUGCAGCGACUACGAGAUCCGAUACGAGUGUUCAUGUCCAGAACCGACGAGAGCAACAAGUGGAGUGCCAUCCGCAGUACCGACUAGCCAGGCCCAUAGUCAGCCAACACCUGCAGCAACAGCCACAACAGUUGAACCUGUAGGCAACUGCGUCAGUGGCUGGUCCGCCUGGUUCAACAACGACAGUCCCGACACGGGCGACGGUGACGUGGAGAAGAUGACGUCACAACAGCUGAACCAGUUCUGUGCUGGAGGUCGCGUGUCGCAGGUAGACUGUAGAACUACAGAAGGCAUCGAGUACUUCAGCAGCGGCGAGAUCGUGACGUGUACCUUGGACACCGGCCUGGUGUGUAACAACGCCGACAAUGACCCCAUCCCGUGCAGCGACUACGAGAUCCGAUACGAGUGUUCAUGUCCAGCACCGACAACUCCAGCACCGACCAAGGAGACGCAAGGUGUACCAACACCCGGGCCACUAGCCACUACAGCUGCACCUACUGGUAACUGCGUCAGCGGCUGGUCCGCCUGGUUCAACAACGACAGUCCCGACACGGGCGACGGUGACGUGGAGAAGAUGACGCCACAACAACUGAGCCAGUUCUGCGCUGGAGGUCGCGUGUCGCAGGUGGACUGCAGAACUACAGAAGGCAUCGAGUACUUCAGCAGCGGCGAGAUCGUGACGUGUACCGUGGACACCGGCCUGGUGUGUAACAACGCCGACAAUGACCCCAUCCCGUGCAGCGACUACGAGAUCCGAUACGAGUGCUCAUGUCCAGCACUGACAACUCCAUCACCGACCAAAGAGACGCAGGGUAUACCAACAACACCCGGGCCGUUAGCCACUACAGCUGCACCCACCGGUAACUGCAUCAGCGGCUGGUCCGCCUGGUUCAACAACGACAGUCCCGACACGGGCGACGGUGACGUGGAGAAGAUAACACCACAACAGCUGAGCCAGUUCUGCGCUGGAGGUCGCGUAUCGCAGGUGGACUGCAGAACUACAGAAGGCAUCGAGUACUUCAGCAGCGGCGAGAUGUUGACAUGCACAGUAGACGGUGGAUUGGUGUGUAACAACGCCGACAACGACCCCGUUCCGUGCAGCGACUACAAAAUUCGAUACGAGUGCUCUUGUCCAGGUGCGUCACCAGCACCAGAACAUACACAACGCCCAUCCACUGCAGCCGUGGCCAUCACUACAGCCGCAGCGCCGAGGACAUGCGUCAACGGCUGGUCUGCCUGGAUCAACAACGACAGUCCCGACACGGGCGACGGUGACGUGGAGAAGAUGACGUCACAACAACUGAGCCAGUUCUGUCCCGGCGGUCGCGUGACGCAGGUGGACUGCAGAACUACGGAAGACAUCGAGUACUUCAGUAGUGGCGAGAUGUUGACAUGCACAGUAGAUGGUGGACUGGUGUGUAACAACGCCGACAAUGACCCCAUCCCGUGCAGCGAUUACAAGAUCCGAUACGAGUGCAGCUGUCAUCCAAACCCGAUAAAUGACGAGGAACCCACCAUAACGCCGGAACUAGAGCUGUCCCUGUGCGGAUGGACGGACUGGAUGAGCGGUAACAAGCCCAGCGCUCGCGGCGAGGAAGAGACCAUAACGCUUCUGCGCAAGUUCUUCCAGUUCUGCCGCACGGAGGACAUCACAGCCGUGGAGUGCCGGGCCGUGGGCAGCGGGCUUGCCGACAGCGCCGUCGCUGCCACCGCUUCCUCCGUCUGCGACACCCGGUACAACGGCUAUGUCUGUCGCAACGAUGACCUCCCACCUGGCCAUACCUGCACCGACUACGAGGUGCGCUUCCUGUGCGAACCGCGACACAUGGACUGCUCGCAGCUGAUCCCCUCUGUCGUUCCCCCGACCCGAGCUGCCAUCACAGUCAGUCCACCCUCGGACGUCGCAGGUGAGUGCGUCGUGGACAUGGGCAUGACGAACGGCAACAUACGCGACGACAUGAUUUCGGCCUCCUCCUUCCGUGACGUCACGCACGCGCCGCAAAAAGCGCGGCUGAACUCGCUGAGCAGUUGGAUGCCGUCACGCGAUGACCUCGACCAGUUCAUCCAAGUCGACCUUCUGGCCCCUCACUUUGUCACUGGCGUCACGACACAGGGUCGCUUUGACGCGCCUUCCUACGUCACUUCCUACAAGGUCACGUUCUCCACUGACGGGGUGAACUGGAACGUCUACCGCGAGGAGGAGAAUGUCGACAAGGUGUUGCAAGGUAACAGCGACUCAGUCACUCCUGUGCGCAACAUGUUCCAUCAACCGAUCAGAGCGCGUUACGUGAGGAUCCACCCUGUCACCUGGCAAGGCCGCAUCACGCUGCGUUUUGAGCUGCAGGGCUGUUUCGAAGCCUACCCUACAGGUGUUAUUCCCACUGCAGCACCAACAGCGCAGCCUAGAGCAACACCACUGCCCAAAGAGAUAGAUGACUGCGUGGAAUGGGAUGUCUGGGUGGACUUGGAGCAGCCCAGCCUGUUGUCACGAAAUGACGUGUCCACCUUGCAGCAGCUGCAAGCCGCUUCCCUGACGUGCCGCGACCCUGUGGCCAUUCAGUGUCGCACGGCCACGCCGGACAAGACGGACUCCGAUCUGACUGGCCAGCAUGUCCGCUGCAACCUGUGGGAUGGCCUGGUCUGUAGACCUGCCAACGUUUCUGAAGCCACCUGCUUCAACUAUGAGGCUCGUCUUGGCUGCCUGAGGAGGACGUCCAAGUGCCUGGCGAACACCCCAACAGCUGUGCCCACAGCGCAAGCCCUACGCUCACCCGGUGCCCAGCGUGGUACCUUGCUACAACGGUCUGGACAUGACCUCUUGCCCAACUUCCUGUCCCGUGGGUCACUACUGUGACGGCAUCAAGUGCGUCACCCGCAGCGAGUGUCCGUGUGUCGUGGACAACAGAGUCAUUAGGGCUCGAGACGUGACAAUCAACAACGCCUGCGAAACAUGCCAGUGUCUGAACGGACAGAUGCGCUGCAUUCCCAAGACUUGCCCACCCUGCUCUUAU